AUUAUUUACCGAGGCCUAUCACCCAUGAUAAUAGCCACGGCGGUUGUUCCAUUUACAUUUAAACGUCCGAACGCUGCACACAUUCGUACACGCUCACCACGCGCCGUACCGGUUGGUCUCUACAAACGUACAGAUUCGCAGGUCGAACGAUCGCUGUAUAAUAUCUUUGGCGAUUUUUACGUAAAAAAAAAAAAAAAAUCUGUUGUAUUCCGUCGUCAGUCUGCCCGUUAAUUCGUUAAUUACGCAACGAUCGAUAUAUAGAUCGUUCUUGGAUCGCAACGCGAAACAUCGAUAUAUUAUACACGUAUCGUCGCGUUUUUGAAUUUUUUUUUUUUUUUGUCGUGGUCAUACCUACGCUAUAGAAACAAACAAACUUUGUCGAUCAUGGAAGUGGACAAGUAUGGACCGGUCGUGAAAAUGGGCUCCGGGUACGAAUUGCGGUUCGAGGACGACAGCGAUUUCGAAGAGUCGUACCAAGAGUGCGCCAAAAACGACCUAGGUGAGACGCCGGAGCGCCGGGCCGAAGGUCUGGAGGAACUGCGGAGACUGAUCAGAGAAGAGAAAAAACUUUACCUCCCUACUGACGAAUCUACAGAACUGUAUUUGUUGGCUUUCUUGAGAGUUUGUAAAUUCUAUCCAGAGAGUGCAUUUAAAAGAGUGAAAUUUUUGUACAAAUUACGACAGAAAAAUCCAAAGUAUUGCAAUGACUUGCUUCCAAGCUUAGAAAAAAACGUCUUUGAGCAAAAUAUUCUUACAGUCUUACCAUCACGUGAUCAACAUGGAAGACGAAUAUUAAUCACAGAAUGUGGACAGAGAUGGAAAAUUAAAAAUUGCUCACUGACAGAGAUCUUUCGGGGCAUUGAGCUGGUGAUGGAAGCGGCUAUCCUCGAGCCUAGAACUCAAGUGUCAGGCACUGUGCUGUUGGUAGAUUUUGCUGGUCUAACUAUUAACCACGUGUGGCAAUUCACACCAAAUUUCGCUAAAAUGGUUUUGGACUGGAUACAGUAUGCAAUGCCAGCAAGACUGAAAGAAGUUCACAUUGUAAAUCAACCGUAUAUAUUCAACAUGGUGUUUGCUGUAUUCAAACCAUUUAUACAAGAGAAAUUGAGAAAUCGAAUGCUUUUUCAUGGUUAUGAUCAUACAUCAUUAUUAGCACAUCUGGAUGCCAAAUGCUUACCAACUAAAUACGGUGGUCUCAUGGAGAUAGAAACCGACCAAGGCAUAGAAUUAUGGAAUUUACUGUGUUAUUACGAAGAAAACUAUAAAGUGACAAAUGGAUUUGGCUACAAAAAGAAGAAAUAAUCCGCAAUAUGUUAUGAAAUUCAGUAGCCUAGAAUUGUGUUUUUUGUUAUUUAAUACUACGUACGAUAUAAAUGUAGAUUUUAAUUAUUUUUUAUUGGGAUAUUGACC